AUGUCUAAACAGAAUCUAGAAGUCUCAGUUUUAAAGUCAUAUCCUCAUCACAACAUGUUAAAUUACUGCGAAAAUAGGCCAAAGUAUAGACAAGGCCGAAAACUUACAGCAAUUAAGGUUUACACGGUGAAUGAUGAGUCGCAGCAUUUGUUGAUCAGAGGUGUGCCAUCUAUCAAUUUACACGAUGAAGUGGAAAAAUUAUGUAAGCGUUAUGGUAAUAUAUUGCGUAUUCGACAAGUGCAAUUUGAAGACCAAGAAGAAUUUACUCAUAGUUUUCAUGUGAUAUUUAUUCAGAUACAAUCAGCCAGAUUUGCUAAAAAACAAAUGGACACAAAAAAUUUCUUUGGUGGUAUUUUACAUGUUUGCUAUGCACCUGAACUUGAAUCCAUUGAGCAAACUAGAUCAAAAUUACAGAUGAGAAUAAUAGAAGUUAAAAAACAUAUUAAUAAGAUUGGUUUAGACCAUACCUAUAAGAAAGAAACAUCUGCGUUAUUACAAUAUGAUCUUUCUAGCUCAUCUCACGAUUCAAUGCUACAAAGUUGUAGUUCUAAUUCUCAAAAACAAAAUCGUUGGCUCGAAGGAGGUCUUAAGUGUUCAUAUAUCAUACCAAAGCCUGAUCCUCUAAACACUAAAAAAGAAACAAUAAAUAAGAAAUCUAAAGUUAAAGAUUUGACUCCAUUUGAUUCGAAUACACUGAGGUUUGUUCCUAGACAACUGCGUGCACCAUAUCCAGAAUCCAAAACUAAAAAACCUAAUCGUAUUAUAUUCCAUUGA